AUGAGUACUACGACGCAGCUGGAAGGUUUCGCUCCCAAUGCCGCUCCUCGCGCACAUCAGUCCCCAACUUCGAGGGGAAACAUUCGUCUAUUGGCAGCGAUAGGAAAUCGCGAUUCGCGCAGCGGGCUUGGGCGGUUGCGUUCGGCCAUUGAGGGGCUCGAGGAUGGCCGAAUGAACCAAGAUCGAUUUAUCCCACCCGAGAGUGACUCCACAGAGCCACUCGAGCUACCAGAGAUCGACGCUGAUACCUCACCGGAAGAAGUUGAGAACAUGGUCCAGCACAUGAUCGACUACUUGCUGAAAUGGACCGAUGUGAAGCACGUCGAAGGAUCAGCAACAGUCUUCCAAGACAUCAGACUUAUUCACGCCUCUCUGCAGAACAUCAUGGAACUGCCCGAGGAGGUAAUCUCUUCUCCCAUGGUCCGGAACGCUCUGAGAACGUUCAGAAAACGGUACGAAACAUUCGUCACCAUCUGGGCCCGGGCUAUUCAUCGCGCCCUCAUCGGCAAGCUAUCUCAAGUCGAAUCUCAGGCGAAGCGCCACCCCACCACCUUUCCAGAAUCAAGGUUUACUUCUCUCGUGUCAGAAAUACGCACCGUGUCUUCGGAGUACGCCUUGUUACUAUUGUUAGACUCUGCGCAUGACAAAAUCAAACUGCUUGUUCCGCCAGUCGCAGCGAAGGAAUUGUUGGACCGCUGCGCCCACUUGCAUCAAGUCUUUCAGAACGCAGCUUACAAUUCCGAGCAAAAGGAGUUGUGGCUUUUGAUCUGGCGAGCCUUAAAGACUGCCUUCACUGCCUUUGAACAAGGAGGAGCCCCGAAGUCUCCGACCAAUGUAGAGCGCGAUCGCAAAUUCUUUGAGAUACCUGGAGUGUAUCGUGAAUUUCAGCGUCUGAUCAGCUCGCCGGAUGCGGCUAACCCAAGAAGCAUUGAAGAUAUGGUCGGGAAAUACUGUCGAUAUAUUGGCGAGUGUCAGAUCGAUCCGGGCAACAAAUAUGAGUCUCUCCAGCGACCGCGAGACGCGCCUUUGGAGAGUCACACCAAAGAAGCCUUGAAAGAAUUCAUCCAAACGGGCAAAUUUGAGACAAGCACCCUUUCCAAAAUCCAUUUCGCGGUCGCACGGUUUAACCAGAUCACUGGUGGGCCGGUCAAAGUCAGGCGGUGGCAGCAUGACGUCGGCGAUACAGAAUGGGAGAUCGUCGCACUGGAUCUCCCCUCACCGGCAUCGACACACAUUGUUGAAAGGCGACCUAGCUACUCGGAUUUUCCCUCGAGUGCACGAUCUCAGUCAACUUUUGUCGAACUUGAUAAGAGAAAGUCCUUGGAAGAUGCUGGACAGGAAUCUUCGAAACAUCUGUUUCCAUAUCCCAAGGGAGUUAACAUGAAAAGCGCAUUUGACUAUGUCUACUACCCCUUUCCAGAGACGCGUGCUCAUGAACUGGUUCAACACGAGCAAAUUUCCAGGGAGAUGGGUCAACCUGGAAUGAUUUCUGAGGGGCCACGAGCUGAGUAUCUCAUCAAUCGACCUCCCCGUCAUGCUCGCGACCCUGCAGAUCUUUCAAUAUCAAAAAGGACUCUCGGUCCGCUUGAAUGGAUUCGUUUGGUAAUACAUCAAGUGCUCCCACAGAGACGCCGUGUACCUGAUGCCAAACAUCCGCAAGUCAGCGUUCUCCCUUCACGCCGCUCGAAGAAAUUAUCUUUGUUAAAACCACGCCCUCUUCCCACUGAUCCAAAGGCAAGAGUGUACAAGGUCCCUACGGUAACUCCAGACCUCAAGCUUCGAGGUGGAGGACCUCAAUCGAGUCGCCCGGGGGCAUCAUCUAAGAGAAAACGUCAUUUCAACCCGUUAGCCUUUCGACAGAUGAUGGUGGAGAAUUUACAGAGGGAGAUCAUAAGGAGGGAGCUAGAGAGCGGGAGGGGUGGUCUCAGUAAAUACCUCCCUGAUGAUUCGAUGCUAUAUCUGUUGGAGCAAACAACAUACGAUGUCCAGAAGGCAGUACAUUUGUGGCAAGUAUCAAUGGGAUACAGAGGCAUCGGUCUCGCUGGAAAUACGACCAAGGAGCCACAUCAUUACCUUUGCGCCGGUGAGAUGGUCUCCAGUCAAGCCGCUAGCAAGAUGAGCCUGCUUUUCGGAGGAAUUCCUGUGGAUAAUAACGCAGAGAUAUAUGCUUACCGACUGGACUCUCUGGCUCCAAGCGCUACUUCGCCGGUAGUAGCACACUCACCGCACGAUGAUGAUAGUGAUGACGACCCCAACCAGGGCCAUGGUCAAACUUUGCCGAGACCGGCCCUAGGUGAGCUCCCUGUCGAUGUGGGCGUGUACGAUGAGAAUGGAGGCGAACACAGUAGCCAACACAGCUCGAAUCGAGAAAACCAUUCACCAAGGCCUCCUCAGUUUCCCCAGCCUCCUCAACCUCCCCACAACUCCCCUACUCCAGAACCAAUCCUUUCACAAUGUCAUCCUUGUCCCAUGUACGAAAGCCAGUACCACCACGUAUGCAGAUGUAUUCAUGUUGUAUACCCUGCGCCGCCACCGCCUGAUGAUUUUCGCGGGAGUUAUAAUUCUGCCGGCAGAUCGAAUCGAGGUUCGAGUCCUCAGCCAACAAAUAACGAGAGCGAAGAUCCCGUGGACGAAGGAAACAAUGCUCCGGUAGGCGGCGCCCCUAGCGCUGCCAGUCGCCGCGACAGACGACCACCGAGAGAAGCGCCACGAUACGACGAUGAACAAUACGUAAGAGAAGUGUUUGCCGGGGAUCAAGGCCAUGAAAACGCGCUCAGAGAGGUAGGAAAUGGAAACCUUGCGACCGUUGUGCGUAGUAUCCUAUUCGGGGGCUUAGAGUGGACGGUUGACCACGAGUCACGAGCCGGCUUGAUGAUUACAAUUGAUAAUCUGGCAGAAGAAAUCAGGAAGCUGAAAGACAGGUAUCUCGAACUAUUGGAGGGACCGAAGCCUUUCAUGGAAGGGCUCAAUGACUCCAGAACCCCGAACCCGGACGUCCCUGCCACAAUCGACAUCUGUCAAAGAGCAGCCGUUGAAGUGAGGAAUCAUCAUGCGCGACUGCUUCAGUUCUUCAACUACGAGCAUCCGCGAACGCAUCUUGGCUUCCGCCACCAAUAUAACCGGUUUAUUCGAGCUUUGAGAGAGCUACGGCAACUUGUGGAGGAGUACGACCACGAAAAUCCUCUAGGAAAUAACGGACGUGAGCACCGCCAGCAAGAUCAAGGGAGUAGAACAAGGGACGAGAGAGUCAAUCACGAAGAAGGCAGCGACGACACUCGCUCCGAUAGCGAGACUACUCUUUCCCCACGCGAAAAGACUCGGCUCGCCAAUCAUCCAACAUCACCAAAACGCUAUAAGGCUCUAGCCCUCCCCACCCGUGGCGAAUACGAGUUGAUGUUCGUGGACGAACUGGAGCGCGAACUGCAAAAAAAUCGCGGUGUUAAGGACCUGGAAGAUGUUCUGGGGAAGAAAUACAAGAAGGCUGACCUAAUCGACAAGCUCAUGGCCCUCGACGGAGAAGGCAGCCUUGGACGUGGUGCAACAGAAUGCUAUCGCCAUAUUACCGGCAACCCGACAUCUCGCAGUCGACCGAAAAGAUUCAAUUUAGAGAAGGCGCUCACCCAAUACUACUCGAACCGCAACAACGAGCGCAUUCUAGCCCAGAGGGCGAGGAAGGAUGCUAGGAGACAAGCGAGGAUUGGCCAGGGGAUCCACUCGCCUGCCCCAGUGAUGCCGAGGGUCCAUCCGAGCCAGGUGCUCUUCACUCAACCCACUGGUGCCAUUGAUGCUGACACUCAGACAACGUGGUCUCAAGACUCCGAGGAGUCGGAUACGUGGAGCGAGGAUAUUGCUAACCCGUAG